AUGUCUCGUCCUGCUAGGAACCUCAGUGUUGCAGCUGAGCGUGCUGGAGUUGAAGUGAGAAACCCCCGCUGGAUCACUGCGCGUUAUGGAGAAAAAUUUACAUCAGAGGGCGCUGUUGUAUGCCAGGGACUCUCAUCGGCCAGCCCUGUGCAACAAGCCAUAACAGAAAUCCAGGAACACUUUGGAGCAUCCUUCGGCGGCCUGAAACAAUGUAAACUGUACCCUGCGAAUGACUCCUCGCCGACACUCCGGUCAUUAUGGCAUUCAUGCACGACAUCCUUGCCAACACUGUACAGUUCAACCCAAUGCUGGACUGUUCGGAUGCCUUCCGCUCGCGAAUUAGUUCUCGACGCGUUGGUCAGAAUUGGGAGCAAACAGAUCCAGUCUGAUUCCGAGGAGGACUUCCGAAUCAACUACCAAGGCGAAAUCAACGACUCCCUCAACCCUGGUAUGGCCCUUGCGCAACUGAUUGAUCCAGACCCGUGUCGUCCAGUGUUUCUCACAGGCCUGCGACUGGCGACCAUUGAAAGCUGCGUCUUUCGCUGUCCCUAUGAUCUUUGUGCGGUUGUGGAACCCGAGGAAGAAUGCAACGUCCAGGUCAAUAUGACCCCCAAGUUCUCCUUUAUCGAUCUUCAUAUUGAUUAUGGAGCGGACGGUUUGUCCACUGUGAUCGGCGAUUGCCGAAAGAUAUGGCUGUUGUAUCCCCCUACGGCAAACAAUCUGACGGCUAUGAAGACGGUAGACUGCCAAAGAGCAAAGCUUGUGCGGAUUAUGCAUCGGCUAGAAGGAGGGGUUGUAGCAUCAAUGACAGCAUCUCAUGCCAUUCAUAUUCCGGCCGGCUGCAUCCAUGCCACAUUUACCCUACAAGGGGGGUUCCUUGUUGCGAAGGACUUCACAACAUCCGAAUCGCUUGCUGCCAUUGCGUCGUAUUUGCUGCAUGGGUUAGAUCAAGCCCUCUCAUCUACGGCGCGCGAUGUCUGUUAUGGUUGGUUCGAACGUUGUCUCGAUGUGUGCUUGAGCAGCGGAAAACUGGACGUCGCUCUCCAGGCAUGGGUCCGCUUACAAAACCUCCUAGCUGCAUGGGCUGCAUCGCAUCGACAAUGGCGAGUGAGCGUCCUUCGAUUAUGGGAACACCACUUGCACGAUGAGAUAGUCCAUGACUGUCCUUGCGGUACGGAGGAACGGGCGAUGACCUUAUCUCGACAUAUGUUUGUGACACACUUAAGUUUCCUCUUAUCACCUUCUCAGCUACGUCGAAUGAAAUGA